CAAUAUCUCUAUCAACUGAAUAUUAGUAUUAAAGGUUAAGGUUUAAAACUAAAAGUUUUUAGAUUCUGAGUUCAUUUGUGAACAACGAGUUAUUCAUAAUUUAUAUUAAGACACAGUUGUUUCAGUUUUGUAUUCAAUUUAAUUAUUGUAUUAAAAUGUGUGAUUUAAAAAAUCUGUUGAUUGCUUUAAUUGUGUCCAUAAUUGGCGUCAAUUGCUUCGACGACAACGAUAUUGAGUCGUGUAUGAAGAGUAAACAUCAUAAGGGAAGGCCCGGCAAAGAAGAUAGUCUUCACGACCAGUGCAAGGGAUGGGAGAAGUAUUCGUGCUGUACUAAGGAGUCGACCAUUGGAGCCCAUAAUGAGAUCAAUCACUAUAACUUCAACUACAACCACUGUCCUGGACACAAAAUGAGCGACAAAUGCAGAGAGCAUUUCACUCAAGACUUGUGUUUCUUUGACUGCGACCCAUACCUGAAGCCGUGGAUUGUGAGAGUGAACCGCACUUUUGCCACCGAAAGGGUAUUCAAAGUUCCCAUUUGUGCGGAUGAGUGCAUCCCGUGGUGGCACGACUGCAAAGACGACUACACCUGCACUAACAAUUGGGCCCUAAAUUUCAAAUGGAUUAACGGCACCAACCAUUGUCCCGCAAACUCUCAGUGCCGACCAUUUCGUGAAAUUUAUUCCGAACCCAAAGAAUUCUGUGAACAGGUAUGGGACCACUCGUGGAAAUACACCGAAGAUAAGCCAUGUAUGAAAAUGCAGUUCGGAAGGGGUGGAGAUAACCCUAAUAAACAGACGGCUAUACUAUAUGCCACUAAAGCAUUCAGGGCCACCACCAGUGCCGCCGACUCUAUAAAUCUCAAAUUGUUUUAUUAA